CAUCCGGAUAAUGCCGGUCCGGCCUGUUUCUGCCCAUUGAUCAAGCCUUCAAGCGACAGCUCUAUGGCAAGCGUGAACCAUCCGCGAUACAUUGGUUGUAUUACAUCUCCGCGCAGAACAUGCUACCGCCGCGUGUUUACAACCCUUUGAAGAAACGUCGAUGUCGCCCGACGAAACCGAUGGACAAGGACAGGAACAGUCACGAAUUGGCUUGCAUCAUACCACCUCUGCGAAUUUGCAAGUUACUGGACGACUGAUUCCUUCCGCUGGAAUUCCUCAAGGUGUGUCCAUCCACGCAGGGAACCUCAUUUUCGGCGGUUCUACAACAAGCUCCCAGCGUUCGUUCGUUGUCAUUAAGAAUAUAGGCGAAGGCUCCUUUGGAUCAGUCUUCCUUUGUGACUGGCAUGGAAAACUACCAUAUGAAGUGCCACCCUCUACCACCCAUAAAGUUAAUGGUGUCGCGAAGCCGGAAUGGAUAGGUAUGCGUUUGGUGGCCGUAAAGAAACUCAAGCGAAGGGUUGAACAUGGUUGGGACGAGUGCCAGAAUCUCAAGGAGCUCAAGGCACUACGUGCAUUGACCCCACAUCCAUGUGUCGUCCCUCUCUAUGAUUCCUUUCUCUCAAGUGAAACUUCGGAGCUAUACUUAGUCUUUGAAGCUAUGGAAGGAGACUUAUACCGUUUCAUGAGAGCCCGGAAGGGGCGUCCAUUGGCCAUUGGCCUUUUGUGUUGCAUCUUGAAACAGAUAGCAUCUGGACUACACCACAUCCACUCUUCGGGUUAUUUCCAUCGUGACCUGAAACCUGAGAAUAUUCUCUUCACUACCUCAGGGCUCUUACAAUCGCAACCAGAUGAUGGCGAACAGAAGGACUAUUUCGGCUCUGCAAGAGAGAUAUCGAGCGCUCCACCUUACACAAAGUAUGUCUCAGCUCGGUGGUAUCGCGCCCCUGAGGUGCUGCUCAGGCAGAGAGACUAUUCUACACCUGUGGACAUGUGGGCACUCGGGACGAUCAUGGCAGAGCUGGUAAACUUGAAGCCCAUAUUCCCUGGUUCUGAAGAACUCGAUCAGAUAAGCCGAAUCAUCAUAAUACUCGGCGACCCUACAGAUCAUGGGGUGGACGAACAUGGAAGGUCUUACGGAGGUGGCCCAUGGCCCCUUGGCGUGGAAUUGGCAAAGCGUCUUGGCUUCGCAUUUACUCGUGUUGGUUAUGCAUCCGAGUGUGCAGAGUAUUGACUGACUUGUGAUGCCCCAGACUGAACCGAGGGAUAUGCAUGCGAUAUUCAACAAGAAAAUACCUCGCGAACUUGUCAACUGCAUCUCUGAUCUCCUCAAGUUUGACCCCAGCUUGCGCCUUACGAGCCAACAGUGUCUUGCGCAUGAGUGUCUCAGGGAAUGUCCGCAGGAAAAUCUUUCUUGCGUGGUCCCUAAGCCAAAAUUAACUCUCGACAAGUUGUCAAUAGAAGAUGAUUCGCACAUGAUCAACGCAAUGUCGGAGCUGACAGUUGGCAUGAAAUAGGCUUUGUAGCACACUGGAACAGUAUAUCCGAUAGAUUGUUAUAAAUUUGUGUGUUGUUACUGUGUAGAACACGUUCAAAUCAUCCCUUUGUAUUGUUCACAAUCUUAUCCUUACCACCAGUAGACCGUCAAA